UUGCUUUCCUCUCAAAUCAGCAACCCUACGGCUACAAGACUCAACUUUACACUAAAUUGUCUUUCGCGAUGGAAGCUACAACUUCUGGAACUAAAUCGCUAGUGAUUGACAAAAACCCUCCGAUUGUGCCAACAGAAUCUCAACAACAACAAGACAGGAUGAAAAGUAAAUUUGAGAAGUAUUGGGGAAAUUUUGAGAAUAUGAAUAUGUUAUUGCUUGUUGCUGUUGUGUUAGACCCCAGAUAUAAGAUGAAGUAUGUAAACUUCACUCUUUCCAAAGCAUAUGGUCCUUUGUUGGGAAGAUUAAAGUCGGAAGAUGUGGCAAGUGUUUUAACGCGUUUGUAUGAUUCUUACAGUAACUCUGUCGUUGAUGCUUCUUCUAAUGACAAUAUUGGAGGUGAUACUAGCAUGAGUGAAACCGAUGAUUUGUUGGAAUCUGAGUGGGAGAAACAUUUGGCAGACAUGGGAAAUAUUUCCAAAAAAUCUGAUCUUGAGAUAUACUUGAUGGAUGAUGUGGUGAAGAAUAAAGAUUUUGAUAUCUUGUCUUGGUGGAAAGUUUCGUCUAGUAAAUAUCCAGUUGUUUCAAAAAUUGCGAGAGAUGUUCUUUCUAUUCCGUUUCUCCGUUGCAUCCGAGUCGGCAUUUAG